CAAAAGCCCUGCUCAUUGUUUUCAACCCCUUCGUCUUUCUUUGCCAUCAAGAGAUAAAACCCUACACCCUAACCCUAGCCAUGGAUACUUCCUUAAUCCGAGGAGCUCUCAUCCAUGGCAGAACAUCUCUCCCUAUCUCCUUCACUUCAUCAUCACCUUCCCAUCUCCGUUUCUCCACCCAACCACCUUCAAUUUCCCAAACCAGGGCUAGGGUUAUAAGCGUUAGGGUUUCUUCGAGUUCCAGUCCUAACUGUGACAAAAACCUCAUAAUCCGAAGAAUUAAGAGCACUGCCUCAACGGCGAUUCUAGCAACUGCAGUGGCCGCAUUGAUGGUCGGAAAGUUCUCUCAGUUUCCGGCCAGGGCUGAACCCCCGGCGACGUUCACGGAGGAAAAACCUGUGUUGGAAGAAGAGCUGGGACAAGAGCAGGAGCAGGAGAAAUCCCAGGAAUCUCCGCUGUCUCAGUUUCUAGAAUCGCAUUCUGACGCCAUUGACGCCUUGAAAUCUCUCUUGCAACGGAAGCUGGAAGAUGGAGAGGAUGAGGAAGCUUUGAAGAUAUUGGAACGCUUGGUUUCUGCUCAACCAUCGGAGGUUGAAUGGAAAUUUCUCGUGGCGAGAUUAUUGAAUGAAAUGGGGAAAGUUGAUGAAGCUCGGCAGGUUUUUGAAGCUAUUUUGGCUGUGAAUCCUCUCUCUUUCGAAGCUCUAUUCGAGAAUGCCUUGCUUAUGGACCGCUGUGGAGAAGGUGAAGCAGUGCUUAACCGGCUUCAAGAAGCCCUGAAACUUGCAGAGGAGGAAAACAAGGUGAAAGAAGCUCGCGACGUAAGGUUGAUAAUGGCACAGAUUCAGUAUCUUCAGAAGAAUGUGGAUGAGGCAUUGAGGAGUUAUCAGGAAUUGGCCAAGGAGGACCCCAAGGAUUUCAGGCCUUACUUUUGCCAAGGGGUGAUUUAUAGCUUGCUUGAUCGGAACAAGGAGGCGAGAGAGCAGUUUAAGAAAUACCACGAACUUUGUCCCAAGAAAUUCGAGGUGGAGGGGUUCUUGCAGACUCCAUUGUCGAGGAUGAAGCUGUUUGGGACAGACUCAGAUAAUUGAACAUCGUGGAUUUUUUGUUGCUGAGGAUUCGAUAAUAAGUGGGGAGAGAAGUUAUAUUUCUCCAGAAGGCAGAGUUGAGAUUUUGUCUGGUAAAGUUCUGCUUGUUUUAAAAUUUUCAGUAGGUACUUACUUUUUGGUUCUGUAGGUUAAAGCAAGGCUGUCGAAUCUCCAUUGCAGCUUCAUAGGAAAUAAUUACAGAGAAAGGAAAAAUUUGUCUUGUGCUUCUAUAGGUAAAUAUAGCAUAAUCUGUGGCAGUUUCUGCCUGUUCAAACUAAUAGUGAAAACUUCAAAAAAUAAUGAACCAUAACAAGGGUACAGAGGCAUUGAAUUUCUACAUUGUAAGACAUCUUUAUGGACCCUGUCUUUCCCUGGGUAUCUGCCAGAUCAAUUUGCAGAUUUUUUUUUGAUCAGUAGAUCAAUUUGCAGAUAUUGACAGGAGAGGAUGAUAUGUUAACAUAGGUGCCUAAAAUCUGAUCUAUUUGGUGGUUAUGGAAAGCUUUCUGGUUUCAAAAUUUACCCCAUCAGCCCAUGUUAAAGCUUGGUAGUGUUUGUUGCCCACUUAGUUAUAUUAUCUUCUGCCAAAUGAAGACAAUGAUGCGAGUCAUUUUCUCCAAAUUGUUUGUUUCAGGAUCUUUUAUUAGCUCCAAGAAUAUAAACAAGAUUCUCUCACUUCA